CUUGUGAAGAUGGUGAAUGCCUUGACAUCAAAAUCAUCAAUUGGUGGCCCCAUGGCGUGCAUGUAUCUCCUUGGACAUCCGGACGUUUAUCGUAGUCAUGAUUUCCGAACGAUAUACUGGACCCCAUAUAUAAAAUAUAUCAAGGAUGACUAUGCUCUUAGACCGACAUCUUACGACACCAUGCCCUUGUGGGACUGGUGGCGGUUGGCAAAGAAAUAUAAAUCAACUCCAAAAAUGAGAGAUGCUCGUCCAGCCGCUGAAGUUGGUGAUCAAGUCAACAACGAUUCAAAGCCGACUCAGAGAAAGCGCAAGAGACAAUCAUCUAUACUUGACCAGGAUUCCGAGAAAAGUCGCCUUCCAAGUCUGUGGGAGACAGGUUUGCAGCAACAGGUAUUUCUAUCCAGUCACUCGCAAUACCCUAGUCACCAUGUGAACUCCGAACCAGAAACAUCUGAUAUUGCUCUAAACCUUGCAGGAGCGAAACUACCAAGAAGAGAUCAAGGAAAUAGAGAAGAAUACUGCAUGAUUAUGCUCAUUUUUUUCAAGCCUUGGCGCACCGGUAAAGAACUGAAGUCUGAUAACGAAAGUUGGCAGCAUGCAUAUGAGAAUCAUGAGUGGACAAUUCGACAGAGUACUGCUAUGCAGAACAUGCAUAUCAAAUAUGAGUGCAAUGAUGCACGGGACGAUUACAAUGCACGGCUCAAAGAGAAUCAGCAGAAGUUACCCGUAUUUGACACUGGCGAAGAU